AUGGUGGAAAGUGCUAAUGGUAGGAUGUUUAGCAAGAUCGAUAGCGUGCUGGCCUGCAAAAAUUUUCAAAAUAAAUGGCCUGAGGCUUGUGUCAGAGUUCUCCCCCGGGGACAUUCGGAUCAUAAUCCUGUUAUGGUGAUUGUCAAUAACUUGAAUUUUGGGCCUAGACCGUUCAGGUUUUUUAGCUCGUGGUUAGAAAGGAAUGACUUUCAAAAGGUGGUGGAUGACACUUUGGCCAAGUUCCGGUUCUCUGGCCCUCCUGACAAGAGGUUGAUCGCUAAAUUUAAAGCUCUAAGAGAUAAAAUCAGGGCGUGGAGGGAUAAUCUUCGGUUUAGAGAAGGUGAGGAGGAGGCUCGGGCUAAAGAGGAACUCGAAGAACUGGAUUUGAUUUUGGAAGAUAGAGAAUUAACUAAUGAGGAAGAAUGGAUUAGGUUGGAAUGCAAGAGAAAGCUUCAAUUUUUAGAAGAUAUGAAGUCUAAGGAUCUUAAACAAAAAGCUAGAACCCGUUGGGCUAUGGAGGGGGAUGAUAACACGGCUUUUUUUCAUGGAAUGGUUAAUAAGAGAAAGUCUUCAAACAGCAUCCCUGGUCUCGUGGUUGAUGGGGAAUGGGUUUCUAAACCCUCGAAAGUGAAAAAGAUGGUUUUUGAUUUUUUCAGGUCCAAAUUUAAAGAAGAUAUGAAGAAUCAGCCCUUUAUGGAAUGUUCUUUUGAUAAAAAAUUAUCGGAGGCUGAAGCUAACUCUCUCAUUGAAGUCUUUUCUAAAGAAGAAAUCAAAGCGGCUGUCUUCUAG